GCUAGCUCGGCGCGGCUUGUACUCUUGAAGCCCCAUCAAACACAAGUCCGUCGGCUUGGCUGCGCAAGCCGACUGAACACUACGAGCACCGAGCGGUUAUUCCGGCGCAAAGCUCCAACUUAGCGAACAGUGUUAGCUUUAAAUACCGUCCCCCUCCGUCGGUAAGCGCUGCACUUUGCUUUCCUCUUCCUUGAGGACUUCAACUCGCGCUGGUUAAAUUGUCGGCAGAGCAAAUAAGGGGAGAAAUAAAGCGAAAUAACGGUCACGGCUUGGGUGAAAUGCAUGGCUGUUACUGUGUUUUGAGGAGGAGGGGGUCCGACACAGAGCUGUAGUUUCUCUUCCAAGAGGCGAGGAAUGCAAGCUGAGCAUCAAUGUUUCACUGGGGCAAGUGGAAGAAGAGGAUGGGAGCCAACAGUUCUUCAAAGAGACCCGUUUUCGACGAAAAGGAAGAUGUAAACUUUGACCACUUCCAGAUAUUGCGGGCCAUCGGGAAGGGGAGCUUCGGAAAGGUAUGCAUUGUGCAAAAGAGGGACACCGAGAAGAUGUACGCCAUGAAGUACAUGAACAAACAGCAGUGCAUAGAGAGAGAUGAGGUCCGAAACGUCUUUAGAGAGCUUGAGAUCCUACAGGAAAUUGAACAUGUUUUUUUAGUAAAUCUCUGGUACUCGUUCCAGGACGAGGAGGAUAUGUUCAUGGUUGUGGACCUCCUGCUGGGAGGAGACCUCCGCUACCACCUGCAGCAGAACGUCCAGUUCAGCGAGGACGCUGUCAGACUCUACCUCUGUGAGAUGACACUGGCGCUGGACUACCUGCAGAGCCAGCACAUCAUCCAUAGAGAUGUCAAGCCAGACAACAUCCUGUUGGAUGAACAAGGUCACGCUCACCUGACGGACUUCAACAUAGCAACAAUAAUAAAAGAUGGAGAGAGAGCCACGGCCUUAGCUGGAACCAAACCCUACAUGGCCCCAGAGAUCUUCCAGUCUUUUGUGAGUGGAGGGACGGGCUACGCCUUUGAAGUAGAUUGGUGGUCACUAGGGGUGACAAUUUUUGAAGUGCUGCGCGGAUGGAGGCCGUAUGACAUCCAUGCUAGUAACUCGGUGGAAUCACUAAUUCAGCUCUUCAGCACCGUCAGUGUCCAGUACAGCCCGGCCUGGCCCAAGGAUCUGGUUUCACUUUUGAGGAAGCUGCUGACAGUGAACCCAGAGCAUCGCUUCUCCAGCCUGUCUGACAUGCAGACCGCUCCCUACCUCGCUGACGUCAACUGGGACGCUGUGUAUGAGAAGAAAAUGGAGGCUGGAUUUGUUCCCAAUAAAGGUCGUCUCCACUGCGACCCCACCUUUGAGCUGGAGGAGAUGAUCCUGGAGUCACGUCCUCUUCACAAGAAGAAAAAGAGGCUGGCGAAGAACCGAUCACGAGACAACAGCAAGGAUUCGCAGUCUGAGAACGACUACCUACAGGAGUGCCUUGAAGUGGUGCAGCAAGAGUUCAUGAUCUUCAACCGAGAGAAGUUGAAAAAGCGCCAGGAGGAGGGUCAGUCAGAGGCCGGGAACUAUGACGCUAGCGGAGACGGGGAUGGAGAGGCAGAAGCUGGAGCCACCGAUGACGACGCCCUUGAGCCGGAACCAGAACCAGAACCUGAAGCCGAUCCCGAGCAGGUGCCCGAGCCUGCCUCCAAACUGAGCAUGUGCGGCUCGGUGUGUUCCUCCCCCGGCAGCUGCUAGCGCCACAUCGCCUCACAGUGACGAUGGCAGGUCUCUCUGGUAGCUGCGGUGUUUGUGCCAUGCCGAUAGAUACCUUCUCACCUCUCUCUUAUGUUGUAUCUUGAAGUCGAGGAAACGCACAGCAGCAGCUCCCUAAAUGGCUCCCACCAUUUACCUUUUUUUUUUCUCCCCCUGUAGCAUCUUUUCGGUAAGGCAUGAAUGAAGCGGAAUCCCAGAGAGUCCCUGCCUAUUGUACCUACCGCCCUAGAGUAAGCUCUAACUUCUAUGCAAUGUUACAGUAUAGCAUGACAAAUAAGGUAUCACUUACUAGGAGGUGUCGUUCCAUAAGCAGAAAGCUACGCGAGCAUGAUGACAUCCUGAGCAAUAGCAGUUUAUGGCUUUUUGAAUGAAGUUAGCAGUUUUGGUGGAGGUGCCUGCCUUUAUUUUUCCCUGUUCCAGAUCUGAUGGGGGGACGACUGAAUUAUUCAGCACAUGAAGGCACUCGGUUUAUGUUAUUGCCUGUGUCUUCAGUUCACUCUCCCCCCCUCUUUCAUGUGACUUGUGCCCUAAUUUGGAGCAGUUUUUCUCCUGGAGCGCCUUCCUCUUGUUGCAGCACCUUCCUAAGAUACAUUUCCAGUAAGUGUUGAUGGCUGUCUGCAGUCAGCCAAGACAGUGUGACUGGUUUCAUGUUGUAAACCUGUUUAAAGUUGUGCCUGUCGAUGAUAAUCAGUAUUUGUUAAUCAUACUGUAGCCAUGGAUGCAUUAUAGGCCAGACUGAUUUUCCUCUUUAAGUGUUAACUAGUUAUUCUUUUUUUCCCCAAGCCUUUUUAGGAUGAUAAGGUACUGAAGUUAAAAUCAGUACAGCAAUCAGAAUGAAAAGUUUUGCUUGUCACUGUGUCCUAAACGCUUACAAAGAUAUAGUAUUUUAGCCCUGCACCAAGCUCUGACCCAAAGAGGGUUCUGAAACUCAGCUCGUUACCAACGUGCUGCUUUACAAAUCUAUAAGAAACCUCUGUUUGCUUUACUAGACUUCAUCAUCUUGUUAAGUGCUUGGUUAGGAUAAAGAUCAUCUCCCUGUAGAGGCUGGUUUGGGGCUGUGCUUGAAUGUGUAGCUGUGCCCCGUCAGUACGUUAAACUGUAUAGAUGAGCUAGUCUUUGAUUGUCGUAGUGGGAGUGGCACAUUUAGGGUGGUGCCGUUCAUCUCAGUCUGAGAAUAUGUAGCAAAAGACCACCUUAAAACCUGAAGGCCUAACAAAUUGAAUAACCAUGUAAAUAGCAUACAGUGUAGGUAAUUAAACUCACCACAGUUUUAUGUGGGACUGCGAACUCGACGUGUAAACUUAAGGAAGAGCCGUGUGAAGCUUCACACCACUUCAUUCUGCUCUUCUUUCCAAGUGUGCAGGCACAACUUGUAGGCAAUAUAUGCCAAAGCUUUUCUACCAUUUGCAACCAUUUCUAAGGAACUUUGAGUGUGUGAAUGUAUGUCUCCUUAUCCCUCUAUAACAUAAAGUCAGUUAUUUCUGCAAGUGAAGGCACUAUAAUUUAUACAAUCAUAAUGUGAUGAUGUACAAACUGUUUCAGGUAAUGCAUCUUGGGAAAUACACCUGUUUGCUGUCUUAAUGCAGCAUUUCCACCAGUAAAGCUUUUUACCCCAGCAGCUUUGACCGGCCUUUGAGGGGUUGGAGCCACAGUGUUGCACUCUGUUAAUUUUGUGCCAUCACCCACUAUAAUGUUAAUUAUGAGGCGCAGACGGAGCAGUGUUGGCCCAAGUGCAAAUCUGCACUCGUAAUGGAUGAUGAGGAAAAAAGAAAAACAGGGAGUUUUCCCACUGCAAGAAUGAUCUCGCCUCCACAGUCUAUAAUUAGUGGACAUAAGUGGAUAUCAGAUUAACAGGUAAAACAGUAUUAGUUAUAAUAUUUGUGUCAUUCUUUUUCCUUUUUGUUAAUCUCUUUUUGGUUUGGGUUUUUGUGUGUGUGUGUUUGUAAGUUGUUUUUAUAUGUAGAAGAGCUAACGGCAACAGUUGGUUAAUAGCUAGGCUUUAAUUAACUUGAUGGUUGCAGCUUUUGUAUUGGGGGGGGGGGGGGCUGUGCUUGUGCCUGGCAGGGGGAUGGAUUAACUUAGGCCCAGCAGCUAUCCAGGCUUCCCACUGGUGGGAACCCUGAACAAGGCUCUCAUGUCAGUGUUUUAAGUGCUAGAGUCAGGUAGUGAUUAGCCUAGUUUAACAUAAAGACUAACCACAGGGCAAAACAGGAAACCCAGUUCACUCCAAAUACAAUUUAAAUCACCUUAUAAAACCUAUAAAAGCUUCUAAAUUAACAUUUGUCUUGUGUGGAUGAUGUUUAUAGAAAUAUUAAUGUAAUAUUAAUAUACUCUGCUGGUUAAAACAGCUAGACGUAGUGAAUGAGUGAUCCUGAGAGGAUGGAAAAAGUGUUCUUCAAGACGUAGUUACACCAGGAACUUGAGUGCUGACUGGUUUUACUGAAUUUCGAGUUUGAAACAUCACCUGGAGCACGUAAGAGAGCCAGAUGGAUCAAUACAGGAUGCUUUGGAGGGAUUCCAGGGUGAUGGUCAUCUGACAAGAGUUGUGUUUUUGCUCACUGGAUUGCACAAGCUUUUUUUUUUUUUUUUUUUACUUUUUUUGCUCUUUUAAAAGCUACAAAUGAGAACUUGAUGAACUUUGUAUCAAUGUUCUCACUCAGUUAUAAUGUGAGUGUUGCCUAGUAACAGAUUGUCCUAAAGUAAUAAUGAAAAAAGCCGAGCUUGGAUACAUUUUUAUUCAAGUAAUAGUAUAGUGUUACCAGUUGACAUUUUUCAAAUGAAAACUUGAAUAUAUAACAUGAAAUACACAGCAAAUGGAGCUGUAUGUAGUCUCCUGUAAACACUGUAGUAGUGAAUCAGGUGUACAGGUGUGUGGUCUCUCUGGGUUUAUCUGACAGACUAAAGUCUGAGCUCAGGACAGAGUACACAUUCCUUGCUAUGAGGACAGUCAUUUCACUAUAGAGCUGCAUGUGUAAGGGUUAUAAAGUAUUUACAAGUGGCAAACCAGUGUUCACAGUAACUCUGAUACUGUGAACACUACCAAAAGAGGCAAAAGGUAGUAUCAAAGUUGACUUAUUUACAUGUUUUUUCUCAUCUGGCUCGCUAACAUUAGACACUAGGAAAUGGAGAUGCAUGAAAUAGUAGGUAAACACAGGUGCUAAAAUGCCAUUAAUGAAGGUUCUGUUCUUUUAACAUAAAAAGCCUUAAUUAAUGUGAUAAGUUACACCUGUGUUUAUUUAGCAUUUAAUGUCAAAAUGGCUGCUGUGAAACAGUCUGUAAUAGCUAACUUUAAGCUAGCUUAAAGGUUGAUAUUUUUAAAACAGGCUGAGUGCCUGUUAAAGGAUUUUUUUUCCAAAUAAAAUGCAUCUAUUAUUAAGUGUGCCUGUUUAAUGUUUAAACCUUUAUUAAAGCUCAGCUGAGUAUGAAAUUGCUAAAAUUAUGUAACUUCUACUGUUAAGCUAGGCUAACUGCUUCCCAGCUAUAGCUGCGUAGUUGAUACUCAAACAUGAGAGAGGUAUAAAUGUUUUGACCUUGUUCCCAGAAGGAAAGCAAGCAGGUGUAUUUCCCAAAAGUAAGGCGUUUCUUUAAAACACUCUACAUUAUGAUUAG